UGCCCACCCGGCUGAGGGCGUCCGGCUGAAUGUAUUCAGGAGGACUCUUGUUUCCCAGCCUCUUGGUGUGAUGCGGGGCUAAGGUGGGGGGUCCAGGGGAGGUCUCUUCGGGACUUGAAAAACUGGAGGUAUUUUCUGGAAAAACUGGAGACAGAUUCAAAAGCCCAGGUUGGGGAUCAGAACUUGGGCUCAGGGCCCUUGUGUGUGAUGGGGGUGAGGCCAGGGGAUAGUAGAAUGAUCUCCCAGAAAGACCGGCCCUGAGAUGGGGGCAGGGUAUGUGAGACCUGCUCUGAGGCUAGACCUGGACCUGUCCAUCCCCUCCUGCCAGCCUGGCUUCCCGGAGGCAGCCUGGGGCAGAGUGUUUCCCAUAAGUCCAAAGGUGGCUCUGGGGAGGUUAGCCCCGCAUCACACCAGAGUCAUUCAUUGGGUUCUGCUGCUGGGUCAACAAGACGGCUCUCAGGACCAACCCACCACUCCUGCUGAGACCUCAGGGCCUCACUGGCAGGCCUACCUUGUGGACGAGACGAGACCAGACCAGCCAGAAAAGGAACAUGGCGCUGCUGCGGGGGCUCCUGGUGCUCGUCUUGUCCUGCCUGCAAGGCCCCUGCUCGGUGUUCUCUCCAGCGAGCGCCAUGGAGCCCUUAGACCAGCAGAUAGUGAUUGGGCCAAAUCAGGAGAAGCUGUCCCCACUUAGCUUCCUCAAAUUGGGCAACCAGGAGCUUCGGGGCCAGCCUGCCCUGAAGAAGGCCCUGGGUGACUGCAAGGCGGCCCCAACCCCGGAGCAGACCCACAGGCUGGCCAAGGCCAUGAUGGCCUUCACCACAGACCUUUUCUCCAUGGUGGCCCAGAGGUCCACCAGCCCCAACCUCAUCCUGUCACCCCUGAGUGUGGCCCUGGCACUGUCUCACCUGGCACUAGGUGCGCAGAACCAGACGCUGCAGCGGUUGCAGCAGGUGCUGCAUGCAGACUCAGGGCCUUGCCUCCCCAACCUGCUGAGCCGUCUCUGCCAGGACCUGGGCCCUGGGGCAUUCCGAAUGGCUGCCAGGAUGUACCUGCGGAAAGGAUUUCCCAUCAAAGAGGACUUCCUGAAACAAUCAGAACGUCUCUUUGGCGCAAAGCCCAUAAACCUGAUGGGCAGGAAGGGGGAUGACUUGGCGAACAUCAACAAAUGGGUGAAGGAGACCACGGAGGGGAAGAUCGAGGAUUUCCUCUCGGAGCUGUCCGACGACACAGUGCUUCUCCUCCUCAAUGCCAUCCAUUUCCAGGGUUUCUGGAAGAGCAAGUUUGACCCGAGCCUCACCCGGAGAGAAACCUUCCACCUGGACGAGCAGUUCGCGGUGCCAGUGGACAUGAUGCAGGCCCUCACAUACCCUCUGCACUGGGUCUCGCUGGAGCAGCCUGAGAUACAGAUGGCUCAUUUCCCCUUUAAGAACAACAUGAGCUUUGUGGUCAUCGUGCCCACCUACUUUGAGUGGAACGUGUCCCAGGUGCUGGCCAACCUGAGCUGGGACAUCUUGCAUCAGCCCUUGCAGCGGGAAAGGCCCACCAAGGUCCAGCUGCCUAAGCUGCGCCUGAAAUAUCAGCUGGACCUGGUGGCCACCCUCAGCCAGCUGGGCCUGCAGGAGCUGUUUCUGGCCCCAGACCUGAGCGGAAUCUCGGAGCAGAGACUGGUGGUGUCCAGUGUGCAGCAUCAAUCCACGCUGGAGCUCAGCGAGGCGGGUGUGGAGGCGGCUGCGGCGACCAGCUCUGCCAUGUCCCGCAUGUCCCUCUCCUCCUUCAGCGUGAACCGCCCCUUCCUCUUCUUCAUCCUCGAGGACACCACGAGCCUGCCCCUCUUUGUGGGCAGCGUGAGGAACCCCAGCCCUGGUGCACAGCCAGAGCACAAGGAGCAGCAGGAUUCCCCUGACAACAGGGACCCCUUCCAGAAGCAGAAAGCCUUCCCCCGUGGAGACAAGCCCUUCGGCCCUGACUUGAAACUGGUGCCCCCCUUGGAGGAGGAGUACCCCCAGCCUAGCAGCCCCAAGUGAGGGGCUGUGGGCUGCAGCAUCCCAAGUCCCUGCCUGGACCAGCCUCAGUUCAUGUGACUCUUUCCCAACAGCUUCAUGGGGUUAGGGGCGGGGGCUGGGCAGGCAGCCUGAGGAGGAGAGGGGCCAAUCAAUCUCUCUGUCUCCUCUGGGGAGUUUGGGGCGGGCUGGGGUAGGGAGGAGGGGCAGCUGUGGACCCACUUCUGUCUGGAAGGUAGGUGGGUUAUUCCUUAAGUCUUAAGUUGGCUGGGGUACUUCCCUGUUCAUUUACCAGAGGGGGUGGAUCGGAGGGACUGGAUGCCCUGGCUGGGGAGAGAAAAGGCAGGCCCUGGGGGUGCCUCGGGGGAAGAGCCCUGUCCUGGGGUUAGACGCCUGGAUCAGCCCUGUCUUGCUCUGUGGGUGGAGGCGGAGCACCCCACGAGGGCCUCUGUCAUCACCUGCACAAGGCCCACUAGCCCCCGCAAGGCCCCAGGUCCCAUGCCCUGUCACCUCGGUCUCCUUGCUUAGAGACGCCGACACUGCCAGGACUCCCUUUCCUUCCUCUCUCCUCUUCCUCCUCUGCUUGGGGUCUCAGGGGCUGAGGGCGGUGGUGGCAUUAGCUCCUUAAGGCUCUUUUGUAAAGUUUUUGUAGUGAUUUGUAUGCUACCUGAAUAAAGAAUGAAUGGGCCC